AUGAGCGAUUUAGAACAUAGCAUGAAACAUGUCGAGAGUCCAAAAGUUUAUAAUCCGUAUAAAUCUCAAAAAUCUCAUUUAUUCAAACUUAAAGGCUCAGUUUUACCAAAUGUUAUUGGUUCUUCUAUAAUAAUCACCUUAUUCUCUGCUGGCAUAGUCGCUUUAUAUGAAUUCAAUCAAUUGAAUCUUAGUAUACCUAUUUCUUUAAUUACCGUUCUUGGCCUGGUGGUUGGUCUAUUGCUUACCUAUAGAACCAAUACUGCUUACGAUAGGUAUUGGGAAGGACGUAGACUGUGGGCUACUAUGGUAGUGGCAAUACGUAAUUUCACAAGAUUUAUAUGGGUACACAUAGAUGACAAUAACACCACUAAAAUAAUACUAGAGAAAAAAACCGCAAUCAAUUUAUUAACAGGAUUUGCAGUUGCAACAAAACAUUUUUUACGUGAGGAGGACGGUUGUCUAUAUGAUGAUAUUAGGCCCUUGAUUUCCAAUAUCCAUUCUACAUUACCUGGAUUCAAUCAAAAAACAACAGUUGUUCCAACUAGAAAAAGACUAACAUUAUGGGAUCAAUUGUUACACAGGACAUCAAAACCUCAUUUGAGAGUCGAUAAAGAAAGUGGCUCUGAUGUAAAUCACAACUUACCAUUGGAAAUCUGUCUUUACCUAUCAUCUUACGUUCAUGACAAUGCCGCCAAAAAUAGAAUCACUGCUCCAGUUACCACAAAUAUGCUUAAUUGUAUCAAUACCAUGGUGGAUUGUUUAUCACAAUUUGAAAGAGUGUUGAGAAGUCCAAUUCCUCUUGCCUAUUCUAUUCAUUUGGCUCAGACUGUCUGGAUAUAUUGUUUGUCAUUACCUUUUCAAUUGAUGGGUACGGCUCAUUGGGCAACUAUUCCUAUUGUAUUCUUUGCUUGUGUAGUUUUGCUUGGUAUUGAAAGAAUAGGCGCCGAGAUUGAGAAUCCAUUUGGUUACGACGAUAAUGAUUUACCAUUGGAUGAUUUUUGUGGGUGA